AUGCGACCUUUAUCUUUCAAAUGCAACUGCCGGCCGGAAUGUAAAAGACUAGGCGGCAAGGGUUUGGGUACAGGUAAUGAUGGAACUUCAGAUGGUUCACCACCAACAGAAAUUGAUUCUUCUACUACUGCAACAUUUUCAAGCACAACUAACGGUGGUGGUAACAAUGAUCAGGGAUCAGGAACGGGUUCAAGUGAAGGACCACCUAUUCUUUGUUCCAAAUGUGGUUCACCACUUCGAUCUCUUGACCCUGCCAACCCUCAUAUGGCUCGCUUCUUAAAAUGUGAUGUUUGUCAACACUUAUACAGCUUUGUGGAUCAUGCAGCUGUCAAGACCUUUGUGAAGGAUGAAGAAACGACACCACCACCACCAUCUCCAAAAGAGAUUCACAACUACCUCAAUCGCCACGUAGUUGGUCAAGAUCAUGCCAAAAAAGUCCUCUCUGUUCAAGUAUACUCGCAUUACAAUCGAAUAUACCACAAUAUAACCCAUUGCAGGACAGGCACCAGCGGAGUCGCAUCUACUGUUGAGUCUGUGACUGCUACUUUUUCAGAUCCAAGUCCUAUCCCAGCCACACCCGAUCCCUUUGAGCGUCCCAUUCGCCCCUCCGCAUUUACUAAUCCCCCAUCAACUAGUUCACCAAUCGAUCGGAAAAUCGAUUCGAAAGGACCCACAGUUACUGAACUGUUUACCAUCCUUUCCGGCAAAGGCGGCAAUAGUCAAGGCGGUUUUCCAAAUGUGAUCAAACCAAUAUAUAAGGAGGAUGAACCACAGCCGCCGACUCUCUCGGCGACGGUCAGUGGUUCUAGAAGAAUUCAUGACACCAGAGAGGCUGAGCCGGUUAGAUUGGAUAAGAGCAAUGUCAUUCUUCUCGGUCCUACUGGAUCUGGUAAGCUGUUUACUUGCGAAUUAUUUAAACUUAUUGAAUGUACGAUCUUUUGGUUUGUUAAUAAAGUUGCCGGUAUCUUAACAUUGACGGAAGUUUUUCUGACUGAGUUUGUCAUUUUCUUUUCAAAUUGA